AUGGUUUGGAGAGCUCCCCUGCUAAUGUUAGUAGUAAGGGUAUUUGCAAACCCUUACCGCAGGCAGCUAGUUCGUCCUCGCUCGACUCCUCCUCCUCGGGCUUGGCUUAAAGUGAACGUAGAUGGGGCCUUCAAUGCCUCAAUGAAGAUGGGUGGCAUUGGGUUGGUAAUACGUGAUUCUAGUGGGCAUUUUGUGGCUGGUCAUGCUGCCCCUUUCACACAUAUACGGUCUCCAGAGCAGGUUGAGCUUAUGGCAGUCCUUCUAGCUAUCCGCUUUGUCCUUGAUCAUGGGCUUCAACCUGUGGUCUUUGAAUCAGACUCAUUGCAAGUUGUCAAAGCAUGCAAUUCGGUAUCUUCUAAUUUGUCUAUCCUUGGGUUUUUAUACGAGGAUGUUACAUUGUCUCUUGCAGACGUACCUGGCUCUACACUUCAUCAUGUGUAUCGUGAAGCUAAUGAAGCGGCUCACCGUUUGGCUCGUCAAGCACUUAUUUUUGCUAGUCCUAAAUCUUGGUUUACCACACCUCUGGGUAUUAUAUCGGAUGUGUUAUUUGUUGAUUGUAACCAUAUUUGA